CGAUUUGAAUCAUUGUUGUUUUAUUUGUGUUGUUUCACGCGGUUGUCGCAGUUUGUAUCAUCUUUUUCGAUUUUUAUUAAAUAUGAAAGAAAUUCCCUUGUCCACCUGUGAGAAGAAUUUUAUUAUUCAAGCCAUCAAGCAGAACCAGCGUUUAGAUGGCCGCAAAAAUGAUGAAUUUAGAAAUAUAAAGAUACACUAUGGAGCAGAUUGGGGAAGUGUUAUGGUUGCAUUAGGAGAAACGAAGGUGCUGGGCCAAGUAUCCAGUGAACUUGGUGAACCGAAAGCUACGCGUCCUAAUGAGGGUAUGUUCUAUAUAAACGUUGAACUGGGUCCUAUGGCCGCCCCUCACUUUGAAUCAGGGCGAAAUUGUGAACUGACGGUUCAAAUAAAUAGAACUCUAGAAAGGACAUUCAAAGAUUCAAAGAGUCUUGAUUUGGAAUCGCUUUGUAUAACAGCCGAGGAACGAGUCUGGAUAUUACGAGUCGAUCUAAAUGUACUGAACCAUGAGGGUAACCUAAUCGACUGCUGUUCUAUAGCCACCCUAUGCGCACUCAUGCACUAUAGACGUCCUGAAGUGAGUAUAAUCGAGGAUGAUGUGGUAAUACACAAGGAGUCUGAAAAGGAUCCCUUACCUAUGGUUAUGCACCACUAUCCUGUUUGUGUCAGUUACUGCACCUUUGAUGAAGGGCGCAUUGCUGUGGCUGAUCCCACUGUCAUUGAGGAACGGACAAGCGACUCACAGAUGAUAUUUGGCAUAAACUCCUUUAGGGAAUUGUGCUGUCUAAAUCUGGGUGGAUCGUCGCUAACUAGCUCAGCGCUACUUCUUCAGUGCUCUAAAAGAGCUGCACACCAUGCCAAAUAUGUCGUUGAACUGGUAAAGGCUACACUAGAAAAAGAUCUUGCUGCAAGAGAGUCGCGCUGCAAUGUUGGCUUUACCGAAUGCUUGAAGAAAAACACAAUAACAAGUCUGGCAGAAGACCGAUUAAUUCUCAAAUUGAGAAACUUUACAUUUGAAGACAAAGAAGUUUUUCGCAAAUUCAAUGAGGGAUUCUGUGAAGAUGAGCCUGUCACAAUGGAAGAAACUUUUCAGGAUUCAGUGGAAAACACCGCUGGUGACAAAUGGGAAACGUCUGGAGUUGAAAAUUGUGACAUUGAAAGCUUACAGAAUCGAGAGGAAAUUUCUUUCGAUACAGAAGUUAAUGCGCCAACACAACAACAAAUUUCUUCUUCCCAAAAACGUAAUUCAAGUUCAACAGAUUUGCCAAGUGAUUCUGAGGAAGAGGAGCAAAUAAUUUUAUAAAACUUUUGGUGCUAUUAAGAAAAAAUAAAAUAAAAUCAUAUUUUCCCAUUUUUA